CCCCCAUGCUGUGUUAAUACACAGCAGACAGACCCAAAGCAGAGAUGACAGAACUAAAAAAAUGGGAUUUUUGGCGGGCUGUUGCAGCAGAAUUUGUCGGUAUGUUGCUGUUCAUAUUCAUUGCCAUAAUUUCUGCUCUUGGAACCAAGAAUGGUUCUGCUAGUCUUGAUUGGGACUUGAAGGUGUCUCUGGCCUUUGCGCUGGCCAUCGCCACCCUGGCACAGAGUUUGGGUCACGUCAGCGGAGCCCACCUCAACCCUGCAGUCAGCUUGGGUCUAAUGGUCAGCUGCCAGAUCAGCCUACUCAGGUUUGUCUUCUACGUCCUGGCUCAGAUGCUUGGUGCGGUUGUAGCCAGUGCCAUCGUGUAUGCAGUCAAGCCCAAGAGCAUUAUCGCCCUCGGGGUUAACGAGCUAAACAGGGUGUCUGUUGGACAAGGCUUCGCUAUCGAGCUCAUUGCCACCCUUCAGCUGGUUCUGUGUGUGAUAGCGGUGACAGAUAAGAGACGCCGUGAUGUUACAGGCUCUGCACCUCUGGCUAUUGGGCUGUCAGUGGGGCUUGGGCACUUUGCAGCUAUCAAUUUCACUGGAUGUGGGAUCAACCCUGCUCGCUCCUUUGGGCCAGCUUUGAUAAGUGGGACAUUUAAAGACCACUGGGUGUACUGGCUGGCGCCGAUGUGUGGAGGCAUUGCAGCCGCUCUUAUCUACGAUUUCCUUCUGUAUCCUCGAACACAUGACUUCAGUACACGCAAGAACGUCCUGCUUAAUGGUCCAGAAGCUGAAAACGAUAUGUCUGAAAUGAAUCAGGGGGACAACAGCAGCCCAGAGGCAAGGCAAUGGCCAAAAUAGUGAAUAAAAUUGAGCAUUUUCUCUCCAAUUCUGGCACAAAAAAAAGAAAGAAAUAAAGAACCAGUCCAAGCAUGCAAUAUGGCUAUUAUCAGUUUACCAGUGACUGCUUCAGUUUUGUUUGUUUUUGUGCUUGUGUGGUUUUUGUCAUGACAAUUUCUUAAUAAAGUCACU